AUGGAGGUGGACGGCGCCGCGGGGGCGGCGGCCGCCGCCGCCGCGAAGCCGCUGACGCCGGAGGAGGAGGCGCUUCGGCGCAGCACCGACUGCGUCUACUUCCUCGCCUCGCCGCUCACCUGCAAGAAGGGUAAUGAAUGCGAUUUUCGUCACAGCGAGGGUGCCCGGAUGAACCCUAGAGACUGUUGGUACUGGUUGAAUGGCAGUUGUUUGAAUCCUAAGUGUGCAUUCCGCCAUCUGCCAAUUGAUGGUCAAUUUGGUGCCCCAACUUCCGGACUACCUCCAGUUUCUGCGCACUAUGGUGCCUAUAACCCGGGCAAGCAGAUGGUCCCAUGCUAUUACUUCCAGAAAGGGAACUGCUUGAAGGGUGAUAGAUGCCUUUUUUAUCAUGGACCACAAACAGCUGGUAAUAAUCCUGCAGAGCAGGUGGCGAAGGUUUCUUCCUUCCCUUUGGAACUGUCCCAGUCUCAAAAGAAUGAAGAUGCUGCAGCUCCAAAUAAUUCAACGCAGGAGGUUCGAAUAACUGAUAAUAGGACUACGGCUCAUGUUUCCAAGAGUGGUGCGGGUGCAAUUCCCGCUGAUGUAGCUUCCAAUGCAGUGAAGUCUGGGCCCAACUCAGAGCUGGCACCCAGUAAUACAUUUGCAGCAAAGAAAAGUUUCACAACUGAGGAUCAUCCUAUGCACUAUCAGAACCAGGUUCCUGUGGAGGGUGAUCCUGUCCAAGACUGGAACCAAAAUUUUGAAAUGCCUCCUACUGAUGACCUGCCACAGAAUAGCAGGGAGGCUGAUGAUUUUUUGGGAGAGUCUUCUCCUGGUUUUGAUGUUCUUGUAGACAAUGAUGGAGAUGGUGCUGCUUAUUUACAUGACGAGGAAGAUUUUGGAAGGGAUAUGUACCCGGUAGAAGAUUAUGAAUAUGCUCCAGCUGAUUUUGAUAUUCGGGCUCAUCAUGAAAGUGAGCAGUUCAACAAUGGAAUGGGUGAGAACGGACGGAUUGGACAGUAUGAUGGCUAUGAGAGGAAACGUCGUAGAUCCUCGUCUGAGAGGAGCUUAGACAAACCUUACCAUCCAGAUAGAAGGUUUCUCCACAGAGAGCUUGAUCGCAACGACAUAGAUGGAUCAGAUCUACGUCAUCAGCUCCGCAGGAGAAGAAUAAAUGGGCCUUCGACAGCCAUUAGCCCAGAACGGGCUAAUGGGGACCAGCACUGGAGGGAUGAACGCUACAGAGAAAGGCCACAUGGUGGUCACCACACACAUAGAGAUCGCUAUCAGGGCCCACGAGGAAGCACUCUGAGUUCCCGUCUGCAGGCUAGAAUAAAGCUUCCUCGAAGAUCACCUGAUAGAGUUGAUAUUCGCUUCGAGGAUGAACGAGACAGGAGGAGACUCCGGGAAAGAUUUUCUCCAGUUAGGCGUAUGGAUUUUCAUAGUGGUAGGCAUCGGGAGGCUGGACAGAGUCAAGAAAGGAGCCACCGGAGGUCAAGUGAGAUUGUCUCUACUGUCAGGCAUGCAGAUGGCCUCUCUGCUAGAAGAGAUGCAGUGGAUUCAGCUCAUUUUGCUGCUCGCAGGAACUUGGGAGAGCCAAGGAAGGCAAAUGGAAUUGUGGAGUCCGAAGCAUCUCUUGAUUUUGAGGGUCCCAAACCCCUCAGUGUCAUCUUACAGAGAAAAAGAGAGGCAGCACAGGGCAAUAACUCAUCUUCCAACUAUGAGAAAUCUGCUGAGGUUGCAGUCAUGCAGACAGGUUCUCUGGUUGAAACUGAGAAGAAAGGCUGUGACAACAUUACCAGCUCUGCAGAUUGCAAGAGUGGUUCAGGUGACGAAGAGUAUAAAGAGGAAGAUCAUAUCCCUGUGGAUGCACACAGGCAGUCUUCAUCUCAUGGUGAUAAGUUUGAGGUUGAGUAUGCUGCUGAAGUGGAUGCAGAAGGAAAUCAAGAGGCGGACAACUAUGACCAGAGAGAGGGUGAGUCUGACGACUACGAGACAAUUGAAGGUCAUGACUACAGAUCUGAAGAUGAAAAUGCAUACCAAGACGACGAAGAUUUUGAUGAUGAUGAUGACUUCGCUCGGAAAGUAGGGGUUGUAAUCUCUUGA